AUGGCCCCAGCUACUGUUUGGGAUGACAAGGCCCGAUCCGAUCUGCUGGUUGCCUUUCUGACCGUCACCAAGCCUUCUAAGGAGGAUUGGGAUCGUGCUUUGGCUGCAGUCCAUGAAAAGGGCUACACCUACACCGCAAGCGCCGCCAUACAGCACAUUCAGAAGUUGCAGCGCAAGGAGCAGACCCCUGGAGACAGCGGUGAGGCCAGCGCCACUCCCACCAAGAAGGUCGCCAAAAAGGCCGCCACUCCGCGCAAGCGGAAGACUCCUGUCAAGAAGACCAAGAACGAGAGUGAGGCCGAAGAUGAGGAGGAGCAGGAGACUCCUGAGCAGGCCGACGACUUCCUCAACGUUGAAGACAUGGCUGGCGACCGCUUCGAUCACAAUGAUGCCGAGGUCUAA